UCAACGUCAAAGGAUUUAAAGCAAAGCGACGUCCCUGCCGUUUAUUUGACGUUGAAACAAAUAAGCUUAACUAGUUAACUAAAAUCUCAAGUGUACUAGUUACAACACAAAAUGGCGUUGACUAAAUCUGUUUUUGCUCUGAGAUUUUCUCGUAAUAUCCCAAUUAUGAGUCGUUUAGCUUACAGCCAAGAUGGUGGAGCUGGUGCUAUUAGAGAGGCAGGAGGGACAUUCGGUAAAAAAGAAGCAGCUGAUGAGGAGCGUUACUUCCGUAAAAUGCAAGCAGAACAACUGAAAAAACUUAAAGAUCAUCUUGAUGAAGAGAUCUUGUUUCAUCAGAACCGUGUAAAGGAACACCAGGAUGCCAUUACUACCCACCAACAGAGGAUUGCAGAGUUGGAACAAAAAAAGAAAGCGUAAGCCAAUGCACAUGAUAGACGUAAGUCAAUGUCUUCAAUGCAGAAAGAUUUUGAAGUUGGGUAGCCUUUCAUGUAUAUCACAAAAUACAAUCUAGUUUACAGUGAA